AUGCAGUAUGGUAAAAGAGAAAACGAAUUGACAAAAUCAAAAAUUGAACUCUUAUAUUCAGAAGAAUUGGAAAAACAAAUCUUACCUACUGAAUCCGUUGAAUCACUUGAUAGCUUUCUACCCUAAUUCCAUAGCUCUAAUUAGGAAUAAUUUGAAAGUGAACGUCGGAUAUUACUGUAUUUAAGGUAACUAGGAAUAUAAUUUAAAACAGAUCCAAGAAACAAAGAAUUAGAAUAUUAGUAUGAAUAUUAAAAUAUUAAAGCGAAAAGUCUAAGAAAAAAGGAAUAAUAUUUUAAGCAUCCAUAAGUGAAUCACCUUAAUUGGGUCCAUAAAAGAAUAAUCAAUUUUUUUAAAGUAAACAAAUGAACAAUGAGGAGUUCACACCAUGGUUAAACCCGUUACUAGUACGUAAAAAGUAAAGUUUAGAAUCAUGA